ACAACAACUGCGUCAUAUAGUUCACGACAACAAUGGCCGUUUCCGAAUGCGAAGCUGCUUGAUGAAACAGAUAUAAGAAAUCAAUGGCUGUCUUUUAGUCCAGACAUUGCUGACACUUAACUUUGCAUGUGCACGUGCAUUAUGGAAAGACUUGUUUUUCAUGAGAGGUGACGCAAAUGCUGUGCGCCGUCCUGGGUCACUCCAGGAUUAGACGAGAAUAUUUGACCAGGUUUUUGUCAUCCACAUAGGAAUGGGGGACAUGAAGACACCAGAUUUUGAUGACCUGCUUGCAGCGUUUGACAUUCCAGACAUUGAUGCCAAAGAAGCAAUUCAGUCUGACACUGGGGAGACUGAUGGUAACCAUAACGAACCCAGUAGUGUUGUUAGAAACCAAAGAAGUGGUAGUCCAAACUUAGGCCCCAUUGGUCACUCAGAAAACACUGAGAAUAUUCCUUUAGCUCCCCAUGAUGAUCCAUCUGUGGUCAGUGUGAUUGUAAAGAACAGUGUACAGUCUGAGGCAUACAUGGAAACAGAUGAUGAUGAUGACCAAAUUGAAGGAAAUGUACCUGAAAACUUUGCUGAGGCUGACAGAGGUGAUGAUGGAUCACAGGAAUCUUCCCAACAUGGUUUUAGUGAAGAUGUCCUGGUGCCUCCCGAUCCAUUUAUCUAUAAUGGACCUAAGACUGUCUCAGUUGGGGUUACAGAACCCUCUCCCCUGCCCUUUCUAACCCGGACACAGCCUAACAGGCAACUCUGGUCUGUCUCGUUCUCUAAAGUUACCAGUGAGUGUAGUAAUGACAGCCAGAACUGCACUUCCUCUAAACACUCUGCUAGCAAUUUCUUUCCUCCUCAGUCUUUACCCCCUUCCACUUCCCCCAUCUCAUCUUCACAUUUAAUUGGUCCAAACUUUCCUCCCUCCAAACUUGAUGCUGAGGAAGCACAACAGUUAAAUGGUACAAUGAGGGCAGGAGUCCGCCGGCGCUUCUCUGAAAUUGAAGAAUUAGAACCAGAUCUUGAAAGCCCUCCACUUGUCAUACAGGAGAGUCCCGAUUCUCAGCUCUGCUCAGCUCCCAAGGUCCCACGCAGGCACCAGCCCCCUUCAAGUGUGUUUCAGCCCCCCUCUCCCUCCUCCCCAUCCUUACCAGUUAGUAACACUCAAAUUGAGGAGUCAGCUCCCUCUGUACUCCAUCCAGCUCUUCUACAAAACACUGUCAGUCUAAACACUGUCACAUCUAUGACCUCCAAAAAUGAACUACCUGUUGAAGAAAAAACCCUGGAGCACAUUAUCGAGGAGAGAGAUUCUCCAGAAAGCCCUGAGCCAGAAAUCCCUGCCUGCACUCAGGUGAGCUCAGUUUCAGAGGUUGCCAAGAGGAACCCUCCUCAACUUCAGGCUUGUACAUCUCUGCCUUCAAAUCAGCAAGGAAUAAACGAGCCUGGAUUGAAGAGAGGAGACACAGUACCUGAAGAUCAAGUUAUAGACAUGAGUCUAGGUGUACAAGAGAAGGAGAAGAGCGGUCUUCAUGUGAAAACAGAGAAUGAUGGAUUUGAGGAAACAGAAGUGAAAGUAAAGAAGAAAUCCACUGAGCCUAGUUUGGUAGAUUCUGUCUCUGAAGGCAUCACAGACUCCUCCAAAACCUCUUCCAAGCCUGUCAAAGUCAGAAUCAAGACCGUUAAAACUGGGAACGUAAAACGUACUGUAUCUAAAGUGGCUCCCAAAGGAGCAGCAGCUGAGGCCUUCAAGGGUCCUGAUGGCUCCAAAGUUCAAACAGGGGCCCGUAAGUCAGUCCAGAGGAUCCAGAGAUCCAGUGCUGUUCCUCAGGGGUUGCCUCAGGUGACAGUGUUGCCCGUGUCCACCCUCAAAGAUGCCAGCACAGCUAUGUUAUUUGCAGCCAGCAGGGCACAGAAUAAAAUGGCUACCACUCUUUCUGCCACCGCAGUCAACAUCACCAGAACAUCAACCCUCCCUGCUGUCUCCUCCUUAUCCAUGACAGGAAUUAACAUUUGCUCUUUGGGACAGAAGACGAUGAAUGGGAACCCAGGGACAGCCAAACCAGCAUCCAUUCUGAACAGUCCAGGAGCUGUGAUCUCACGCAGCCAGUCUAGCCUAGCUGAGGCCUUCAACAAAAUCCUAAACAGUAAGAAUCCAUUGCCCAGUUACCAGCCGGACCUCUCCACCUUCCCUCCUCCAGAAUGGGGUCUUCAGUUGCCCUCCACUGGAUACCGUUGCCUGGAGUGCGGGGAUGCUUUCGCUCUAGAGCGCAGCCUGGCAAGGCACUAUGAUCGGCGCUCUAUGAGGAUCGAAGUGACCUGUAAUCACUGCUCCAAACGACUGGCCUUCUUUAAUAAGUGCAGCCUGCUGCUUCAUGCACGAGAGCACAAGGAGAAGGGGCUGGUUAUGCAGUGCUCUCACCUCGUCAUGAGUUCCGUCAGUGUGGAGCAGAUGAUUGGCCAGCAGGAUGCAGUGCCUAUAGGUAUGCUCUGUCCACCUGUUCCAGGAUCCUCUGCUCUGCCUGGUGUUAAAGAAAAUAGUGUCCAACUUUCCCAAUCUGCUAUCUGCUGUCCAGAGUGUCAGAGUCCAUUCAAAGGGAAAGCAGAAAUAUCAGUACACUUCCAAGAGCUUGAAGCCAGUGGCACAAACAUGUGUUGUAUGCAGUGUUCUCCUCCAAUGCCUUUGUGGAACUCAUGCAGUGCUGCAGCUCACCGCAGGUUACAUCAGCAGCUCUCUCCACUGGUCUGCCCUGAGUGUGGUGUCAUCUGUCAGCUUAACAACCUCAACACACACCUGAAUCAAACCUGCCUGCACUACUCGCGUCGCCUUGGAUAUAGAUGUGCCUGUUGUCAUUUGGUGUUUGGAGGAGUGAAUAGUCUAAACGCUGUAAAGACUCAUGUGCAGACCGCUCACUGUGAGGUGUUCCAUAAAUGCCCCUCCUGCCCCAUGGCUUUCAAAUCCUCCUCUGGUGCUGAAGCCCACUGCAUUACCCAGCACCCUGAACUCUCUGAGACGGCUAGGCAAUCCAAGGAGAUCUAUAAAUGCGUGAUGUGUCGGACUGUUUUUACCCAGAAAGCAUUGCUAAGUGUCCACAUUGACACUCAUUUAGUCAAGCAGAAGAUGCACGUCUUUAAGUGUCCUGACUGUAACAAGCUCUUCACACAGAGAGGUUCCCUCCUUGAGCAUUUCAAGGACUCUCACAGGGACUCCAGUAUUCAACAGUUUGACAUAUUGGCACAGAAGAACUUGGUAAAGAUGGAUAGCUCUGAUGGCGAGGAAUGGGGGAGGGAUGAAGAGGAAAACAGAGGAAGAGAAGGAGGGUUGAGAGAGGAGGAGAAUACUGCUGCACCAGAUAUCCAGAGCUGGAGCUGUUUAGAAUGUCAGACGCGCUACACAGAGAAAGAGAACUACAUUAACCACAUGUUCGAGCAGCAUGGCAAGGAACUGAAGAAGUUUCCCUGCACCCUUUGUGUAGGCUCCUUCUCUUCAUCCUCAAGUUUGAGACGCCAUAUUCGUGUCAAACACAAAGGCAUCAAAAGAGCUUUUUAUUGCCAACAUUGUACAGGUGGGAAGAGGAGUUUCAGUAGUAAACUCAUUCUUGAGAAACAUAUCCAAGCUCAGCAUGGAGGAGACAGAGGAGCAGCCACACAGAGUCAGGCAGUUUCUCUUAUCGCUGAUACAGCUGACAGCUCUUCUGAGCAGGAUGGUGGAUCUAGCAUUUUUGGCAGGCCUUCAAUUGAAGCACACAGUCGAUUGGCAGAGAGCAGCCUGACUAGCCGUAGCAGAGGAGCUGCAGCUGAGGAUGAAGAAGCUGCAGGAUUCCGCUGCAUGCCAUGUGGUUUUACCACAGAAGACAGGGAGGAGUUUCUGCAGCAUAUUGCACAUCACCGUGGUGAGGGGGGCAGUUCCUUUCAGUGUCAGCAGUGUGGGGCAUGUUUCGCAUCCACCUCCUCCCUCAGCCGACAUCUCUUUAUCAGCCACCGUGUGCGUGAUGUCCCCUCUGAGCAUGCUGAGGUGUCCCCUGGCACUGGUUCCACAUUUAGAAAUGUGAACUCUGACCCUACUGUUGUAGCUGGGUCCCCGGGGUCACCUUCAAGCACAGGGGGGUCACAAGUGGAGGAUGUGGAAGGUAAGCACACCUGUAAGGUGUGUGGACGUCACUUUAACAAACCUGCUGAUCUUAAUACACACUUUAGAACUCAUGGCAUGGCCUUCAUUACCACAUACAAAACAGACAAACCAGCAUAGAGAAGAACGCUGAGAAAAGAAUGGACGGAGAGGGUGAAUCUCACGAAACCUGUCAAAAAAAGUCGCAAUGCAAUUUUUAGCAUAAAGAAAAUUAAGCUUAAUUUCUUAGGACCUUUAAGAUUUUUUACAUUGUGAUGUUAUUUUCAUUACAAAUUUCAUUACACCCCCCCAUUCUCUUUAUUGUCAUGCUGAAACUCAUUCUCAUUACUGUAAUGUAAAAAAAAAAAAGAUAGUAUUUACACUCAUAGUAGUAUCUGUUGUAGUGCCUUUAAUUUAUGCUUAUUUAAGUAAAAAAAAGUCAAAGUCAUAUCACAGUAUUUUUACUGCAAUACAAGUAAAACAAUGACUGCAGGACAGUAAUGAAAAUCACCAUUGCGAAUAAAGUGAAUUAUAAAAAAAAACAAUGUAAAAUGUCCAGAUGAAUGAGACAGUAAUGAAAAUAUAAGGGGAAAAUGCUCUUAAUGGUCCUAAAAAAUAGGCUUUGUUUUCUUAUUUUCUUGUCGUUUUUGGGGUGAAAUGUGACCGGACAUGUUUUUUGAGAUUCACUGUAGAGAUAGUAUGGUAUAGACUACUGAUUAGUAAGCAGUGUCAUACAGAGUCUAUAGACUAUAAAAUUGUGGCUUUGUCACAGGCCUUUAACACUCAACAUUCACAUCUGUAGAACUAGAAAAAUACAGUGCAUUAGGGCAAAACUUAUUUUGCAACAAUUUUCUACUUUAACUCUGCUAGACCAGUUUGACAAAGUCAAAAAGUUGAGAGCUUGUUCUCUAAAAAGUGAUAUUGUAUUGGAGUGAAUAGGUUUGAUUAACCUAAAAAAUUAUUACAAUAUUCUCAUAAUUCAUCUGAGAGGGUUAGGGGAGGACCCAUGCAUAGACCCUGAAGAGUUAUGUCUUUAAGUUUGAAUUAUCACCUGUUUUUUGUUGUUUUUUUUUGUAUAUAGAGGGUCAUAUACUUGUUUACCAGCCCUGAUAUAUUCCUGUGCCUGCUGAUUACGAAUAACUGUACAGUCAAUUUUCUGUAACAACAAAAUGCAGCUUAUUAUGAAAUUCUAUAAUUACUAAGUUUAGCACAGCCAAAAUGCUCCUAAAUCAGGUGACUCCUUUUUGCUUGAAUCAUUAUUUUUGUAUGACAGACAAUUGUAUUUCUUUAUCUAUUUUUACAGAGACAUUAAUAUCAGGAAACUCACUGAAUAGUAAUGGUGAGCUUCAGAAUGUGAAUGACAAGUGCCUUCUUCAUUUAGUUAACAAUUAUCUUAAAGAUUAUGUUUCCUCACACUGUGUUGAGGAAUCUGUGUUGUGUGUGAUGGAAGGAAUGCAUGAAAAAGCAUUGAGAGAGAGAGAGAGCAUUAGAGAUGAUGAAAAAUAGUUCUGCUUUUAUGUUUGUGAUUAAAUUGUUUUUUAUUUGUGCCUUAUACUGUA